AUGCCACAUUAUGCAUUGCUUCAUGAACAAGCAACAUCUUCGCGAUAUGUUGCAAUGAAAAUGAAUCACAUUUUAUUCUUGUCCAUUUUUAUCAUCACAAGUUUGCUACUACUACCACAGGUUCUAUCUCUAGAUAAAGGAAUAAAGAUUGGGAAGAAGCCUUUAAUUUUAAGGAGAAAUUGGAUUUUGUGGAGGCUUGUGUUAAGCAAAAAGGUGAUUUUUACUGAUAGAAUUUGUACCACUGCUGAAAUAAGAAACUACUUUCAGAGUUUUUUCCUAGAAGGAGGCACGUCUGCGAGUUACGUAAAACCGAACCAAAAUUGCAACUUGACUUCAUGGGUUUCUGGUUGUGAGCCUGGUUGGAGUUGUAGUGCUGAUCAGAAAAUUGAUCUUAAAACGGAUACAAAGGAUAUUCCUUCUAGAACCAAUGACUGUCAACCAUGUUGUGAAGGGUUUUUCUGUCCUCAAGGAUUAACUUGCAUGAUAACAUGUCCACUUGGUUCUUAUUGUCCACUUGCAAAACUGAAUGAAACAACUGGAGUAUGCGAUCCAUAUAGUUAUCAAAUUCCUGCUGGAGACACAAACCAUACUUGUGGUAGUGCUGAUAUUUGGUAUGGUGUUGUGAACAAUAGUAAUAUCUUUUGUUCUCUGGGAUCAUAUUGUCCGUCUCCGACGCGCAAAGUUUCUUGCGAUAAAGGAUAUUACUGCAGGAUGGGUUCAACUCAGCAAAAUCGAUGCUCCAAGUUGAGUAACUGCAAUCUAAAUACAGCAAUGCAAAACAUGCAUGCUUACGGCGCUUUGAUUAUUGUUGGUAUGAGUACUACUCUGAUCUUCAUUUACAACUGUUAUGAUCAAGUUCUAGCUACUAGAGAAAGAAGGAAGGAUAAAUCGAGAGAAGCUGCGGCAAAACACGUAAGAGAAACGGUACAAGCUCGCGAUAGAUGGAAACAAGCAAGAGAUUUUUGCUAA